GUGGGGAAGAAUCAGUAUAAAUAGAAGCCUGAUGCCUGGCAGGCAGAGACCAACAGCUCUGCUCCACCAGAAAUCAGCACCAUGAAGCUCCUCACGGGCCUGAUUUUCUUUUCCUUGAUCCUGGGAGCCAGAGGCUUGCUUUCAUUCCUUGGUGAGGCUGCUGGAGGGGCUUGGGACAUGUGGAAUGCCUACACUGACAUGAGAGAAGCCAAUUACAUAGGUGCAGACAAGUACUUCCACGCUCGGGGAAACUAUGAUGCUGCCCAGAGGGGACCUGGAGGCGCCUGGGCUGCAGAAGUGAUCAGCAAUACCAGAGAGAAAAUCCAGUCCUGGAUGGGCCAUGGAGCAGAGGACACGAUAGCCGACCAGGAGGCCAACGAAUGGGGCUAGAGUGGCAAGGACCCCAAUCACUUCCGACCUGAAGGCCUGCCUGACAAGUACUGAGCUUCCUCUUCACACUGCUCUCAGGGAACCGGGCUGUGAGCCCCUGAGGGCUGGGACACAGGGUUAUUGCGUUCUGUGUGCACAAAACUUGUAGAGGGCAAGCAAUAGGUAUCUAAUCAAUGCUUAAGAGAUUGAGUUUGUUGCAAGUGUGUAAGAACUGCCUGUUUGAUAGGAAGGGCUGGUCCAUGAACACCCAUGUGUAGGUGUCAGGUGUGCUUGGGUGUUUGGGUGUAGGGAAGAUAAUCUUAGCAGUCACCCCAAUCUUAUGCAUGUACCAACCCCUCCCUGAAUCAGACUGUCUUCCCUCUCCAGGUCCCUGUGGUUCCUUUGUUGCUAUUUCCAGGCCUUUCCCUCUCCAGGCCCCUUCAUUCCCUAUCAAUCAGGUCUUGUUACCUUGCCCUCCCCCAGCACAGCCCCUCAUCUAAUAAAGGCUUCAGAGAUUGACUUUGUUGAAA